AUGUCGCGUUACAGAGGACCUCGUUUCAAAAAAAUCCGUCGUCUGGGGGCUUUACCGGGGCUAACUAGUAAAAAGCCUAGAGCCGGAAGCGAUCUUAGAAACCAAUCGCGCCCCGGCAAAAAAUCUCAAUAUCGUAUUCGUUUAGAAGAAAAACAAAAAUUGCGCUUUCAUUAUGGUCUUACAGAACAACAAUUACUUAAAUACGUUCGGAUCGCCGGAAAAGCCAAAGGGUCAACAGGUCAGGUUUUACUACAAUUACUUGAAAUGCGUUUAGAUAACAUCCUUUUUCGAUUAGGUAUGGCUUCGACUAUUCCUCAAGCCCGCCAAUUAGUUAACCACAGACAUAUUUUAGUUAAUGGUCGUAUAGUAGAUAUACCAAGUUAUCGCUGCAAACCCCGAGAUAUUAUUACAGUGAGGGAUGAGCAAAAAUCCAGGGCUCUGAUUCAAAAUUAUCUUGAUUCACCCCCCCGUGAGGAAUUACCAAAACAUUUGACUCUUCACCCAUUCCAAUAUGAAGGAUUAGUCAAUCAAAUAAUAGAUAGUAAAUGGGUCGGUUUGAAAAUAAACGAAUUGCUAGUUGUAGAAUAUUACUCUCGUCAGACUUAA